CAUGAAUUGCUCGCCUGUUUAGAACAAUAGCAUUGUCACCAAGCAGAGUCUAUCAGCUUGUCAUCUGCAGCAUCAGUUUCUUCUCACUUCCAUAUCCUGUCACCUCCACGCAAAAUGCUGUCUCUCAGCAACAUCCUCACCUUUACCCUCAUGGGGACCACUCUAGCCCUACCCAAGCCCCGAUCCCAACUCAACCCCAACCCCAUCCCCGGCGAAUCCUCCCUCUUCGCAACCUACACCGGCAAACAAACCCCCCUCCCAGCCAACUACACCCGAGUCAUCCCUCCCACCGCCACGGGCCCCCCGGGCCCCGACGACCAACUCUUCCAAAACCUCCUCAGCGCCGAAUGGAUCAUCUACAACUUCUACCAACAAGGCGUGGAAGCCUUCACCCCAGAGAACUUCACCUCCCUCGGCUACCCCAACACCACCUACGACCGAAUCGCCCAAAUCCGCGACAACGAAGCCGGCCACAUCCGCAUCUUUCAGGACGAAAUUUCCAACACCUCCGUCAUCCCCGGACCCUGCAAAUAUCAAUACGACUUCAACAAUGACCUGGAGACAUUCCUCGCCUUGCAGGUCUACAUCGAAGUCAACAGCAUGGCCUUCCUCACCGGCCUCGUCCGUCAGGCCAAUACCCUGAGUACCCGAUCCGCGCUCGUCGCGAUCGGCCAGGUCGAGAGCCGUCAUAAUACCUGGUCGCUCAUCGAUAUCUGGAACGUGAUUCCCUUCUCCGGUCCCUCGGAUACGGUGUAUCCCUACGCGAACCAAAUCCUCGACCUGACCAACGCGCUCGUCGUCGAGGGGAGCUGUCCUCGUGAAAACCCGGCUUAUCCAUCCCCAAGUCAGGGUUUACCCGUUAUUAGCUUCAACACGAGUACCACGACCGGCCAGCCCGAGUCAACCCUGCAGUUGAGUUUCGACGGGGAGCCGGAGUUCGUUGAGGGAACGGAAUACUAUGCGGUGUUCUUUCAUGGGGUGCAGACGGUGAGUGUGCCGUUUGAUAUUCACACGAAUCAAACGACCGUCCCGGCCAGUUUUGAUAAAGGGGCGGGAAUCGUGGCGUUGGCGAUUGCGAAUGAGACGGGCGCGCCGACGAAGGAGAGUGUGCUUGCGGGGCCGUUGUUGCUGUUAGAGCAGCCGGAGGCGUUGACGACUUUGAUUUCGUAUUGAGGGAUGUGCUUGGGAGAAUGCAUGUUGGAUGGGAUUUAUCCUGUUUUUUUUUUGGCGGGUUGUUGAAUAUACAUGAUGGCUUUGGGGGCUACGUUACUAUAGUAUUUUGAUGAUGAUGGAGG